AAGUGAAGAGGAGCGACCGGCAGACUGGCGGCGCCAAGCAGGCUUCCGCUUCAUAGGAGUGGACCCUAACGAGGCCCUGCUGAGAGUGGGUCCUUAAAAUAAUUCAUCAACAAGUUUUCCCCAUCCGCUCCUCAAUCCCCUUCACUAUUUUCCCCUCAAUUUUCCCUGUAAAACUUUAAAGAGGCAGCAUUACCACAUCAUUACCCCUCCACGAGUGUCACGUUAUUCGUGAAGCGGCAAUUGCAACAAUCAGCCGCAGACGAAUUUAUUCAUUUGAACGAAGAAAAUCGGGGGAUUCAUCAGUGUGACUGUUGAGUUGAUAAGCAGUGACUCGAUAAGUUUUGUUCAAAGUGUUUUGGUGAUAACUCGGUGAGCAUUUGAAGGAAAUAUGAAGGUUUGUCAACUUGAUAAAGCUGAAGAUAUCACCAGUAGAUCUGGCAAUAGUCAGUAAUUUGCCAACUUCCCCUGGUUGGGAAGUGGCUGAUUGUUGGGACUCAGUGAUAAGGACGAGACGAAAAUAUUUGAGUGGAGAUAGAGAUAACGAGGAAGGGUUGAGGAAGAUCUGGAGCUGCAAGUGUUUUAGUGAUCACUUGAUUGGGGAUUGUUAACAGCGUUCUUCUCAUGUGGUGGUGCAGAGGUGAGGACAGGAUGAGGUGUCACGCAGCCUCGUGGAGCUUCGCACUAUUUGCAGCUACUGUUGCCCUUUUACCUGCCACACAUCGCUCGCCCUUCGUUUGUGCCGCUGCUGUUGGUGGCAGCAUGUUGGGCGAUGUCAACAUCUCAGCGAUCCUCGAUUCCUUUUCCAUUAGUUAUGAUAAAAGAGUAAGGCCGAACUACGGAGGUCCUCCUGUCGAGGUGGGCGUCACCAUGUACGUCUUGAGUAUCAGCUCGCUAUCAGAAGUCAAAAUGGACUUUACGCUGGAUUUCUACUUCCGGCAAUUUUGGACUGAUCCAAGACUGGCAUUUACCAAGAGGCCCGGAGUCGAGACACUCAGCGUUGGAUCUGAACUUAUUAAAAAUAUAUGGGUACCAGAUACAUUUUUCGUCAAUGAGAAGCAGUCUUACUUUCACAUUGCCACCACCAGCAACGAGUUCAUACGAAUACAUCACUCGGGAAGCAUAACACGAAGUAUACGCUUAACGAUCACAGCUUCGUGUCCCAUGAAUCUCCAGUACUUCCCGAUGGAUCGACAAUUGUGCCACAUUGAGAUCGAGAGUUUCGGAUACACGAUGAGAGACAUCCGGUACAAGUGGAACGAGGGUCCCAACAGCGUCGGUGUCAGCAACGAGGUCUCCCUGCCUCAGUUCAAGGUCCUCGGCCAUCGACAGCGAGCAAUGGAGAUUAGUUUGACCACCGGAAAUUAUUCUCGGCUAGCGUGUGAAAUCCAGUUUGUGAGAUCGAUGGGAUACUACCUGAUCCAAAUCUACAUACCCUCGGGAUUAAUCGUGAUAAUCUCAUGGGUGAGCUUUUGGCUAAACCGAAACGCAACCCCCGCUCGGGUAGCCCUCGGAGUAACCACUGUGCUCACCAUGACAACCCUCAUGUCCUCGACAAACGCGGCCCUCCCCAAAAUCUCCUACGUCAAGUCAAUCGACGUCUACCUGGGCACGUGUUUCGUCAUGGUCUUCGCCUCACUCCUUGAGUACGCCACCGUCGGUUACAUAGCUAAGAGGAUUUCCAUGAGGAGAAGCAGACUCCAGAAGAUAGCUGAGAGUGUCGAACAUGCGAGGAAAAAUCCUGUACCGGGAGUGCCUGGAGAUCACGGGGACCAUGCACCAAAACAAACUUGGUCCCGUGUUGUCCAGGAGGUGCGGUUCAAGGUCAACGACCCCAAGGCCCACAGCAAGGGUGGAACACUGGAGAACACAAUAAAUGGCAGAGCCGACGAGGAAGCACCACCAGUGCCACAGCAUUUUAUACAUCCUGGCAAAGACAUAACAAAGCUCUAUGGCGAACCAUGUAUAACACCCUCGGAUAUUGACAAGUACUCUCGCAUCGUAUUUCCCGUGUGCUUCGUGUGCUUCAACCUAAUGUACUGGAUCAUCUAUCUUCACAUCAGCGACGUUGUCGCGGACGAUCUAGUUCUGCUGGAGGAGGCAAAGUAGAUGAAUUCACGUGGACCGGAGAAAAAACGUAGGAAAAAUAAUGAAAAUCUUCGCCGUAGAUGGAAAAAUGAAUUUUUUAGAGAGACAACCAUUCGGCGGAAAAUCUAAAACUUAAAACCGUGCUGUGACUAAUCCUUCGACUUUCAGGCACUGUGCGGCACACUCGUCGCGUCGUCCAAUUUUCUGUCUCACUGGCAGAAAUGCAAAAUGUUCUAUACUAAAAAUCAGAAAAAUUAUUGCGCCGAGUUUAACCGAGGGAGCCUACAUCGUCGAACGUUCCAGAAAAAUUAAGCAGUAAGAUUAGCAAAAAAAAAAUGAUAUAAACCAUGAAAAGGAAAAAAAAAAUAUAUUAAAAAAUUUAACAGUAAGGUAUAAAUAAAUAUAAAUCAAUGACCAUGGAUCGGUGAAUUAAAUGAAAUAACCGAUUUUCAAAUGGUCCACAUUAACGCUCAAUGACUCUUCCUCGAUCGAGGGAACGCAAAACGAUCAGCGGAAAUCGACGUCUCGAUGUGCAUUACACUCCCCGCAUCAGCAACAGAAGCAGGCAUUCCUGUAAAUGCGGGAUGCGUUUAAAUCUUUGGAUUAAAACGAGUGAAUUUAAACCCAGGGAAAAAGGUCGAUUAAAAUGGAGGCACGAGGAUGAUAGGGGAGAGGUCGAAUUUCCGGGAUCGUGAAAGCGCAACGAAGACUGAAGGAUGUCGAGCCGAGAGAUAAAACGAAGCACCGAUGAAAAUAUAUAUAUAUAUAAAAUAUAUAUAUUAUAUAUUAACCUAGGAAAUUGAUGAUAAAGUGAAUGAGAAAAUCGAAGGUAUUAAAUUCUUGGAGAAGUGGAAUAAAAAAAUGUUACAGUUGAUAAAGAACGGGGCGAAUGUGAGGUCUCGUUUCAUUCCAUUAAAGAAUAUUAAUGUAGUGUGCAGUGCCGAGAAAGCCUCGAGAGACGAUUAUUAUAUAUUAUACAUGAGAAAAAUUAUAAAUAUUAUAUAUACAUAUACCUUAAAGCAUUGCCAGUAUAUCUCUAGUAACGGUCGCAGAUUAAAGAGCAAAACAUUGAUUAAUUACAUACAGCAGAAAUAAGGAAAAAUUGAAAAAAAAUAACUUCGGUAUAAACACGUCAAUUUAGCCAUACUGAAUAGUUUGACAUAAGCUACGACUAAUAGGCAUUAAAAAACGGGGCUCAACAGAACGGUAGGUUAACAAUUGAGAUUGAGGAUGAAUUGUUCUGUAAAAAAUUGGGGAGACAAGGGGGAAAUCGAUGGACUCGAUCUUUCAUAGAGAAAUAAAAAAAAAAACUAAUGGUCGUUCAAGUAGAUGAGGAAGUUGAAGAGAGUUGAGUGGGACUGCAGCGAAGUGCUUCAUGUUUCGGGUGGAAAGGACAUGAUUUUUUUUAUGAAGUCGUUCAUGGGAGAAAAUUAAUGUUAACAGUAAAUUGAAUAGGAGGGAAUUUAUUCAAUCUGAAAAAUCAUUGUGGAGUGGCGCAACCAGAGGUCUUCACGAUCCUCUUCAUGAUCACCACCAUUUGUUAUGAAUCGUGAUUGAUUGAUGCUCAAUGAUUUUUAUCCAUUGGAUGUUUCAUGUCUGAAUGAAGCUCAAAUACGAGCGCCCCCGACCUGGAAUAUUACCCGAGUCCGUGUCAAUCUUCCAGCCUCAGGCAUUUAUUCAUUAAAAUUUUUCUUACAGCCUCACGCACACUCAUAAACCUCUAUCCACAAUUUUUCCACGUGCAUGAGUCGAUGGAUUUGCUCUCCCACGAGAAAAUGAUCAUCGAUACACUCGAUAUGCACGGACGAAGUGUGAAAUAUUUUCCAGGCCGGGAGCCACGGAAAAUGUAUAAAGAUCGAAUGCCACGGGAGGGCCAUAUCCAGAGACUAGAGUAUGAAUUUAUCACCAUCUUAUUCUAUACGCAGUAUAUCCCGUUUGAGAGUGAGAAGAAAAUACUCGCGGAGUGAAUCGUAAACUCAAAGGGAAAUACAGUCGCUGGGAUUGAAGAUGUUGAGAAAGAGAACAAAACAAAGAACCAUUCAAUUCGAUGCAACAACUUCUGUUCGCAUUUCUUUCUACUGCAAUUUCAUUCGGCUUUGUCGUUUGAAAAAUUCCUUCUUUCUUACUCUAUCAUCAUAAACUAAUCCUCACUCUCUAUUGCCAUUUCCAAGCGGAAUUUAAAGAGCAAAAUUAACAAGUGAAAAUUCCACAAUUGCAGUUCACUUUGGCUAUGCAAAAAAAAAAAAUAAAAAAGCCCAUUACACCUGUCUCUCCCAUUACCAACUAAUUAACAGUAUUUAUCCAGCAACUUUCCUCCUAUCUUACCUUUAGUACACGAUUUUUUUUUUCUUUUUUCAUCCCCUAUUCUUUUUGUCUCUACCCCCUCGACCCCCUCGACGUCAACGCGUAUGAGCUUAAUUUCUCUGGUGAUCCUCACCCUCAUUUUUCUUCCUCUCAUCCCUCUCUUAUUUUUCUUGGCAGUAUGAGUAAGAGUGGGUGGAUGCCGGGAUGUGGAAACUUGCCAUUCAGGAUAUCGACCAGACACGCCCAGUCAUCUCUGUCCUACCUUCUCUCAGUCCUCUCUUCGUAAGUCUAUUCUCUACUUCUCUAUCUUUUCCUCUCCUCCGUGUGUAACAACUUGCACCACUAUUCUCCGAUGGUCUGACAGCCCAGACUGUUGGUGGAAAAGGGACGGAUGUAAAGGGCCGGGAUGUUCAAUAAAAGAAAACAAAGAUGGAACAGAAAAAGUUGAAGAUAAAACAAGAAGAAAUGAGAGUGAAUCUUUCCUCAUCCUCAACCUACGACAUUUCCAUCUAAAUAGCUUCAGCUACAGUUACGAUUAAUUCCACAUCUUCUAUCCCUAUCAUCAGUCGUUAUCCUCUCUUUCAGUCCCUAUUUAAUUGAGCUCCAUCAACACUUGGAGAACAUUUUUAUUUCAUCGAAUAUCCCCUCGUUUUCCACGAAGCCCUUCAAUGCGAACAUGAAAUUCCGUUCACAUGAUCAAAACGAAAAAAUUCAUCCUUAAAAAUUGGCGGAAUGAGAGUCCGAGGAUUUUCUCUGGAAACGAAUCAGUGAAUAUUCCAAUUCUCAACUACCACUCGAAUGUUACCGAAAAGCUCGCAAAGGGAAUUCACUUUUCUAGCUGGAAAAAAAAAAUAGAAAUCAUAAACAAGAAAUGUCGUGAAAGACGGAAUGAAAUUGCUCUCAAUCGAAGUGAGCGCAACGUUCAUUUUAUAUAUUCCCCUCGCGUGUCGUCGGCUUCCUCAAGACUUGAUGUGAAACAAUUUAUUUCAAUUUGAACCCGUGUUGCUACGAUUUACAGGGAACAUUUUUCUUCAGUUCAUUUGUUCUCCAUUUGAUUCUUUUCCAUCCGUUCAAAUUUUAAAAAAUACAACUGAUUGAUAUUUUCGUAUGUCUCAUCAUGAAAUCGGCGGGUUGCUAGAUAGUGAGUGUAAUAAAUGAAAAUAUUGAAUCAAGAAUAAAUGAAAAUAUUGAAUCAAGACUCUUUGCAAAAUAAAGGCGAUCAUAAAAAAUUAUUUCAUUAACAAAAAACCUAAUUUCAUCCAAAAGACCACAAAAAUUUCGACAAAAA